AUGCGUUUUCCCACGACGUCUGAUUCGGGUAUCGAGAUUAAUUUUAAGACCGACAUGAUGUAUUUACCCCCGGGUUCCUAUACGAAUUUUACAAUUUUAAAUAAUGCCCGCGUUGGUGUAACGUACAAUAUCGAACGUGAAUAUUGGCAUUCUGACGUAACUGUAAAAAGAAUUUCAACAAAACCACCCCAUCAAAUAUUCGAAGUUUUUUCCCAAAAUACUGCAGAGGGUGACGAAUUUGAAAUGGUCUUUACCGAAUCUUUGGAAUAUAUUCUAGGUUUGCGAGAAAUAAGGGUUCAUCCGGAUGUUGUCGAAACAAAAGCGGAAUGGGAAAAAGGAUCGGUUUUUUUUCCAACCCGUAUGAAUAGCGUGGUACCCUUAUUAUGGUACCCUUUUAUGAAUAAAGCAAAUGCAAGUGGGGAUAAUAAAUUUGCUUGUUCAUUCAUGGGUAAAGCCCUUCCUGAUAUUUCCAACGGUAUUGAUAAAAUGUUUGUAUAUUGUGAACAAUUGGAAAUGUCUGUUGUUGGCGAUACAUAUGCACCCUUGUUGGCUAUUACACCCUUAAACGGUAGCGAUCGGGGUAGUGGUGCAUUGUGUACAUAUACACCGCCGAGUACACGCCGUAGAUUAAUCAAAAGUAAAAUUGAUCAAUUUAAAGUUACAAUCUACGAUACAACGCAUACGCUAAUACCGUUUAGCAGCGGGACUGUGAAUAUCGAGUGUGUUGUGGAAUAA